AUGGCCAAACGUUCGCCCGAUAUUUCAGGUCUCGAUGAUCGAGAAAAUCAGAUGGAAGUUUUCAAAGCUUUACGCGAUGAGAUCAGUGAAUUACAAAAGAAAGAAACAGAAGUUGACAUUAAUUUACAAGAAUUACUCAAUCAACAAAAUAAACUCAUUGAUAAGGAGCAACAAUCUUUAACCAAAUUAUCCGAUAUAAAAGAUGAAUUGACAUUGAAAAAAAUACAAACAAAAUCUCUUAACGAUGAAAUUAAUGAAGCACGAAAACAACAAGAGAAUCUUUACGAUGAACUCGAUCAAUAUAACGAACCAAUUGAAAAAAAAAGUUUCUCGAAUGAAUUGAAUGCAGAUUUAAAUCGCGAAACUGAUGAAGAAUGUUGUCUCGAUGAAGAACAUCAAUUAUUACUUGAACAACAAGAAGAUAUCGAUAAACAAAUUGAAGAUGAUGAAUACAAAAUCAAUAUUUAUCAAGAUGAUCUUGAAAGUAACGAAAAACAAAUUGAAAUUCUUCAAUCACAUAUGAAAUAUCUUGAGCAAGAUUUACAAGACCAUCAAAAGAAAAAAGAAUCAAAAGACAAAGAUCUUUCAGAAUCACGAAAAACGCUGAUUGCAACCGAAAAGAACGAAAAAAAUGAUACAGAACAACUUCAACAUCUUCAAGAAAAAUCAGCUCAAUUGAAUUAUUCGAAAACAUUUAUUGAAGAAUUAAAUAAAAAUAAACGAAAAGGAUCAGAUCAUAUACCAGCACGUUUUAAAAAUGAACUGGGAGAAAUUGAUAGUCGACAAAAAACUAUUGCAAAGGAGAUUCAAGAAAAAGAUAAAGAAAUUCAGGAUUUAAGAAAAGAUUCGGAAAGUAUUACAACAGGAACAACAACAACAAUCGGUUUUACAACAAAUUCAACGACCUCAAUGUGA